AUGUCACAAGAAAAGAAAGUGGAAUCCUCAAUCAUUUUUGACAGAGAAAAAGAGUUUCAAAUAGGAACUUUAGUUUCGAUGAUUGAAACAACAAGAAAGGAAAUUGAAGAAAAUAAUCUUGAAAUUAAUCAAACAACUCCAAAAAAAAUAAAACAACCAAAAUCUCUCGUUGAAGAAAAUCGUAUUGAAAAGAAGAAAACUAACCAACCAAUUGAAGAAAAAGAACAAAAAUUAGACCAAGAAACUCAAAACCAGAUUGAGAAAAAAGAAUCAAAUACAAACCAAGAAAUUAUUGAAGACAAAAUUAGUGAAAUUAAAGGUAAUAAAGAAGUUCUUUCUAAUACAAUUAAUUCACCUCAAAAAGAUCAGAAACUAGAAAUAAAUGUAAAAGAGAACACAACGAUAGCAAAGGAGGAUUUAGAUAAAAAUAAUACUAUAAAUAUCUCACAUGUUAUUGACAAUCUUAAUGUUCCAAAGACUACUAAAGAAAACAAAGAUUUAAGCCUUGUUGAAGAAUCAAAGCAACAAAUAAAGGAGGUUGAGACACCACAAGAACAUAAAGUAACAAACAAAGAAUUAGAAGUUAGUAGUAUUUGUUCUAAUGAAAAGAAUGAAAAUAAGAAAGUAGAAUGUGUUGAAGAAGAAAAGAAUAACAUCAGUUUAGUUCCUGCAAAUGAUUUGGUUGACAAAAAAGAACCAAAUAAUAUUAUAAAAACUUUUUCAUCUCAAGAACAAAUUAAAGCAUCUCAAUGUAGGGAAUCUCUUAUUCAUACUGAACGAUUGAUGGCUACUGUAAAAGACAAUACACAUCACCCAGAAGAAAAAGUUGUUUCAACAGUAAAGUAUAAUAAAAUUGAGACACCAAGGAAAAGAGCAUCCGUUAGCAGAAUUACUUUACUGGAGGAUUCAAAAAAAAAUCAAAAACCAGAGUUUAUUGUAAUUAAAGAAGACGUCAUUCCUCAUAAGAAAGAGAGUAUUACAAGAAUUAGUGAUGGAAGCAGAUUUUCAGUCAAAAAAUUAAGUUUUGAUGAAAAUGAACAAGAAGAAAUUGAAAAAGAGAAUUUACAACAUAACUCACCUAUAAAAGGAGUAAGUCAGAUGGAAGAAAUUCCAAUUGAAAUUCAAACACCAAAUUGCAAUAAGAAUGAAGAGAUAUCAGGAAUAUCAAGUAUCUCGAGAUUAUCCGAUAAAAUGAGAGAAGAAACGAAACCAUCUAAAGGAGGUUUAAUGUUAGACAAAAGUCGUUGUUCUGAAUUUAAAAGAAAAUUGUCUUUAGUUGGUAAAAAAAUUGGAGAAGAAACAGAGCAUCAAAUUAAAAAACCUGUUCCUGCUAUUUCUAUUAAUUUAUUUAAUUCAAGUAUUUUACAACCAAGAGGAAAAAGAACAAAGACAUUACCCUGUUUCAAUUCUAACGGAAGAUUAUGUUCAUUAGAAAAAGAUAUGGAAAAAGAUGAACAAUCUGCAUACUCUUUAUUGCAAAAUACACACAUAAAUCUUAAUCAGGACAUGGAAGAAGAUGAACUUGAAAAUGAAAUGGGAUCAAUACAACUUAACAUAAGAUUAUCAAAUUAUAGAAAUAGUAAUAUUUAA